AUUUCCCACGGGGGCUUUCUGUGCAUUCGCACGCAAGAGGAGAGUCCUUCCAAUGCAGAAGUUGGCAGCUGCGAGGGACCUCGAAGAGGCUAUCUAAGGCAUCCGGCUUUUGAGCUACCUGGAAAAAAAGGUGCUGAAUGUGGAGUAAAUGCAGAUGUUGAGAAACAUCUUGAGUUGGGCAAGAAAUUACUUGCAGCUGGACAGCUCGCUGAUGCUUUAUCUCAGUUUCAUGCUGCUGUAGACGGUGACCCUGAUAACUAUCUUGCUUAUUAUCGGAGAGCUACUGUCUUUUUAGCUAUGGGCAAAUCUAAAGCAGCACUUCCUGAUUUAACGAAAGUGAUUGAAUUGAAGAUGGAUUUUACUGCAGCAAGAUUACAGAGAGGUCACCUGUUGCUCAAACAAGGAAAACUUGAUGAAGCAGAAGAUGAUUUUAAAAAAGUGCUGAAAUCUAAUCCAAGUGAAAAUGAAGAAAAGGAAGCCCAGAUCCAACUCACCAAAUCUGAUGAAAUGCAGCGUUUGCGUUCACAGGCACUUGAUGCUUUUGAAAACUCUGACUACACCGCUGCUAUAACCUUCCUUGAUAAGAUUUUAGAGGUUUGUGUUUGGGAUGCAGAACUGCGGGAACUUCGAGCUGAAUGUUUUAUAAAAGAAGGAGAACCUAGGAAAGCAAUAAGUGACUUAAAAGCUGCAUCAAAAUUGAAGAAUGAUAAUACUGAGGCUUUUUAUAAAAUCAGCAUACUGUACUAUCAACUAGGAGAUCAUGAGCUGUCCCUCAGUGAGGUUCGUGAAUGUCUUAAACUUGACCAGGAUCACAAAAGGUGUUUUGCACAUUAUAAACAAGUGAAGAAACUCAAUAAGCUGAUUGAGUCAGCUGAAGAGCUCAUCAGAGACGGCAGAUACACAGAUGCAGCCAGUAAAUAUGAAUCUGUCAUGAAAACAGAACCAAGUGUUUCUGAAUAUACAGUCCGUUCAAAAGAAAGGAUUUGCCAUUGCUUCUCGAAGGACGAGCGGCCCGUGGAAGCUAUCCGAGUGUGUUCCGAGGUCCUCCAGCUGGAGCCUGACAAUGUGAAUGCUCUGAAAGAUCGAGCAGAGGCCUACUUGAUAGAAGAGAUGUACGAUGAAGCUAUUCAGGAUUAUGAAACCGCUCAGGAACACAAUGAAAAUGACCAGCAGAUUCGGGAAGGUCUAGAAAAGGCACAAAGACUGCUGAAACAGUCACAGAAACGGGAUUACUAUAAGAUCUUGGGAGUAAAAAGAAAUGCCAAAAAGCAAGAAAUCAUUAAAGCAUAUCGAAAAUUAGCACUGCAAUGGCACCCAGAUAACUUUCAGAAUGAAGAAGAAAAGAAAAAAGCUGAGAAAAAGUUCAUUGACAUAGCAGCUGCUAAAGAAGUCCUCUCUGAUCCAGAAAUGAGAAAGAAGUUUGAUGAUGGAGAAGACCCCCUGGAUGCAGAGAGCCAGCAAGGAGGAGGCGGCAACCCUUUCCACAGAAGCUGGAACUCAUGGCAAGGGUUCAAUCCCUUCAGUUCAGGCGGACCUUUCAGAUUUAAGUUCCACUUCAAUUAAACCAACUGUUCUGCUCUUCUUUAUUUUUUUCUAAAGAUUAAAAACAAAGAAACCUUGUUCCAGGACCCUAACGAAAAAAAAGUCUUCAAAUUUUUCAGUUUGUCCAUGACCAAAGAGUUGUUUUCAUCGGAGAAAUCUGUUCUUAAUCCAUUUUAGACUUGAGGUUGAUGGGCUUGCCAGGGCAGGGAGGUGAGGAGUGGUUCUAGUUCUGACCGAGUGGCCUGUGUCUAGCUCGUGACCGCCAGAGGCUGCAGUCUGAGGCAGGCCCACCUGUGGAAGUGCGCUCACCCCCGUCCGCACUGAAGCGCGCAGCAGCAGUUCUCUCCACACCUCGCGCGUGCUGGUGCCUGCCUGUGUGUAAGGGGAGCCGUGGCCUUCGUGAGGCCGGCACAAUGUUAACAUUUUGGACAGCUUUGCUUAGAUUUUGGUCAGUCCAAAGUCACCUGCAUAAACACCUAUUUCAGAGCCUCCUUUACCGGCGUGUGUCCCAUCUGUCCACCGGCACGAACCUGUGAGGCAGAGAGCUCACCUUUUAAGAAGUCUGCUGCGGAGGGCUGGUGAAAACAGGCCUCUAUUCUGUGUUGUUGUAUUUUUCUGUUCCUUACAAGAGAAUACUGAAAAUCACUGAGAAAACUGGGCCUUUUUGCUUAAUAAGAAACAGCAAUGAAAUAAUAGAUAAGUACUACUAAAAAUGACUGUCGGUGGUAAUACUGCUGAAGUGCAGGUUUGAAUACUUUCCGCCGAAGCUGUGGCUAAGCAGAGCUUCCUGUAACAGGACCAGCUUAGAAAUGUAAUGCUGCUCAGUCAACAAAGAGGACCCGCUUCCCAGUUUCAGUAACUGCAGGGGGCGCUUCCCUCCCCCCGGCCCUGCCCUAGGCCUGCAGUGACUCACGAGGGGGCACCUGUCUGAGGUGGGUGAGGCAGCAUCCCUGCAUCUUCACCAGACCUGUAGGCCUCUGGAAGUUCUUCUGCAGAGAAUAAAAACCAGGUUUACAAAUCUGUCAGCUCUGGCUAGACACCUUUUUAUCUUCUAAGAAAUGAACUAGCCAGUCUUUGUAUACUGAAUAAUUUUUUCCCUAAAAGAAUGAGUGUUACUUUCAUCAAGAACAUGAAAUCUUUAUGGAACUAUUGAUGCUGCAUUUAAAACCUAAGAGAAUUACUUUAGAGAAGAAUUAUUAUACCUUUAUUCUGGAAAGGUUUUUGUUUCUGCCUCAGCAGUUUCAAGCAUUUAAAGUAGUGUGAGUUUAAUAUAUUGUUUUCACGAAAUCAAGAACUUUAAUUUUAGCAAUGGGAGGACUCCAGAUUACUAAUGUCCAUAACAGCCAAGCACAACUCGUUUUCUUCUAGUCAUUCUGAAGCGUAGUUUUUUUAAAACAUAGGAAAAAAAAUUAACUGAGGAAAAAAUUACAUAGUUGAGCAAAACCACAUGCUUUUGCAUCUGUUUCUUACCAAUAAAUUUCACAGAGCAUCUCAAAAA